AUGGCCUCUUCUAGCAAGAACCCUGGUGACGCGAGCCACGACGACAGACUCAUGUUCUACUACACAUUGGGAAACAAGGCCUUCGAUGACGAGAUCGGUCCCAAGGACCAUUUUCAGAUUGUUUUCUACCGUGGCGAAGCUGGGAAGGUGCAGAAGACCAGCAACGCUAAAGCCAAGGGCAAGGGCAAGGCUAUUGCGACCGACGACAAAGAGACCGACGAACAGCUCCUUGAACGCUUUGGACAGUUUCGAGGAAGCUUCGGCGUCUCGAUCAAGACUUCUGACUUCAACGUCAAAAUAAGCAAACAGGCCAUCCUCCCACUCGACCUACAAGAUGCAAUCAAGAACAACGAAAAGCUCCUCGUCUUAGUUGGCUACUACAUCAUCAACGCCGACGUCAAUGAUGGUCCAAAGGGUUCUAUCACCAACACCAGGCACAGGCCUCAAAAGCCAGGUGACUUUGACGUCAACAAUAUCUAUCAUGUCGGGUACAAGAUGGGUGUAUCUGGAAAGGGCAAGGACGCAUUUGCUCUCGUCAACCCGGAUGAGACCGGCCUUUGUGAAAUCGCGAAGGUGCCUCAAGGCAGCGCCAACGUCUUCUUCGCAAGCAACUUUAUCGACGUGGACACCGGCAACAAGAAGCAUCGCAAGCAAAACUUGGGCCAUUCCAUCAGUUCUUUCACAGAUCCCCAGAAGAUGUUCAGUCAGGCCCGAGACACCUUCAAGCAGGCAACUCGACCUUUUGGUCAGCCGGCACAGAAUCGCCUGUACGAGCCGAUGAGAGCAGAGGAUAUGGCGCUCAAGGCCCAUCUUCUUAACCUGAAGGCAAGAUUGGGCAAUCUCGACCCUCAGAAAGAUCACCAUGCCAUCUCGUUCUUGAUAAAACACCUGGAGCAGGUUGGAAUCAACGACCCAGGAACCCAGAAGAACGAGCACCUUGUUCGUCUCAUCUGCAUUGACGAGGACUUUGAACGCAUCCACGCCCAGGGUGCAAUUCAGGAAGCAAAGGAUCUCUGGCCCAACUUAUUCGAGAUACAAAGUGCUAAGCCCCUUGACACUGAGUUGAUGUUCCGGAUCGGCUCUGCUCUUAGACACGGUACUAUGAAGCACACCGUCAUCGUGGAGUAUACAUUCCUCAACACUUUCCUGGGUCUUGUGGUCCUGAUGGAUCCUAAGGGAGAGGAAAGAGACGUGCCUGACAUUGGGGAGUCCUGGCUGAAGUACGUGCGACAUGUCUACGAGUCCACCUUGAAACUGCAAUGGCAGGCGCCUGCCAACAGCAGCAAAGACAACAAGGAAAUUCAGCGAGACGCCACACUCGAGUCUAUCAAGCUAGCCCUUCAGUCUCUUUCCAGCAUGACGCGCCGCGCAGGAGAGUCCAUCUCACAGCACGCCGUUCGGGCUUUCAAGCUGAAGACAAUUCCUCCCCGUAUGGCCACAGAGGAUGCACUGUUUGGCCUCACCAACAGCAAUGACUAUGGCGCUGUCCGUUUCUGUGCUCUUGCCAUUUGGAGGAACAUUGCGGAUGAGUUUGGGGAGGUGUAUAGCGGCCCCAUUCUUACAGGAAUCACAGAGGUGGAGGAGCGCCUCGAGGCCUACAUCCAGAGGCAGGCAGACGCCGAGGGCACUAUGGAAGCCGAGGCAUAG